AUGAAAAACAAGGAUAAGUUCAGUAAGCCGUCGUCAGCUGGUCGUGUGGCCGGCAAAGGCUUGUCCACAAAAUGGUCGUCACACCGUAACGCUGGUGGGCGAAAGGAGAGAAAGACCAGCUCGGAAAGCCAGUCGCGCAAGGUUCAAGAACUCAAGGCACAAGUGGCGCGGAUUCCGGAGAUUGUCCAAGAGCAAGUGCAACAACAACUGGGAACGACGCUCACCGCCAUUGUGCCUACCUUGAUUCAGGGGCUGCAGACGUGGAUUGCGGGCGACCAACAAGGGCCGCCCCCGGUUCCCAGCUUCACGGCCAGCAACUCGCACAACGUGCAGGCGGUGCCAUUGGUGUCUCCGGCGGAGGCGGAUCCGGACGACGACGACGACGGUACAUUUACCAACGUCGAUAAGUACUUCAACGAACAUGGGUACAGUGACGAAUUCUUGGGGCCUCUUUCUCAAGAACCCAACCCGGCAAAAGACGACCGCGAUCUAGCUGGUACCGCGGAGAAACCCAAUUGCAACAGGCGUCGUCUGGCGUUCAGUUCUCAGGAGAUGCCUCCAGCUGCCGCCUUCACCGAGCCUCAGAUACCCGAGGAUGGGCCACCUUCACCUAAGGAUAUCUCGAGGAGGGUGCAUGUGGCGGGUAGGGCGAUGCUACCGACUAAUCUGCUCAAUGCUGCAACCGGUGCUAUACGGAGUCUGCAUGACAGUGUUCUUUCUGUGGAGAAGCGGCGUCUCUCCGAGAAUGAUGUGGCAUACCCGAUUUUUGUGGCCAAGGUGCCAGAGGGCAAGGGCUUUGUGGAUAGCGCCAACGGGGGUAUGAUCGUCCUGCGGUUUGAUGACAUCUUCGCUAUGUUUAACCUUCAUCCGCUGCACUACACCUUCGUUCGGCUAUUUUCGCUGAGUAUGGAGAUGCGAAUCAUUAGAGACAAGACCCCGGACAUCGUGAUAGUCGACCCCUUCUACAUGCGUGCCAAGAUCUUGGGCAGCGCUGGGGACCGGCAAGUCGCGAGUUCAUACCUCGAAGGCGUCAUUCCGGCAAACCCAGAUAAGGAUAACUUCCUCGUGCCUUACUUUCCCGAUGACACACAUUGCACACUCAUCCUCUUAAGCCCGAAAUAUUCCAUGGCCACGUAUUUCGACCCGGACCGUGAGUCGAAUAUAGACUACACAAAUAUCAAGAAAGUUCUUGAUGAUGCUCUCCUCGGCUACGCCAGAUCUGGAGGCACCUUCAAGAGGCCAAUUCGUAGGUGCGCCAUUAGUAAGCCAGAGCAUAAGGUUUUAGCGAUCAGCCGUAGCUCUUUCAUCAAAGUUGCGAACGCCGAGGAAUCGGCGCCCGCGACUGGUGCUGCUCCCGCCCCUGUUGCCAAUCACCAGAACUCGCGUCCCACUCACAGCUCUUACGUCCCUCCUCACCUCCGUGGCGGUGGCCGCUCACCAGAGAAUCAAGUGCCAGCUGCUGCUCCAACACCAGCUGGCGCAUACCCCUCAGGUGCUGUGCAGCCUUCUGGUGGGUACGCAGCUGCUGUUGGUGGUACUCGCUGGGCUGCCCCUCCUGGUGCUCCUAGCGCUGGCGUAGGCGUUGUCCGCCAGGGUGGUGGUGGACGUGGUGCUGUUGGUGGCGGUGGUGGCGGCUGGAACUCCCGCCCUGGUGGGUGGGGGGACCGCAGGGACCGUGAACCAAACCCUUUUGGCGAUAGUGAGCCGGCGGCUGUGGAUGUUGACUUUGAGAGUCAGCAGAACACGGGCAUCAAUUUUGACGCCUAUGAGGACAUUCCUGUGGAGACAAGUGGCCACGAUGUGCCUCCAGCAGUCAACACGUUUGCAGAGAUUGACUUGGGUGAUGCACUGAAUGAGAAUAUUCGGAGGUGCAAGUAUGUGAGGCCCACACCUGUGCAGCGGCAUGCCAUUCCGAUUGUCAUUGGAGGCAGGGAUCUGAUGGCCUGCGCUCAGACUGGGUCUGGGAAGACAGCUGCUUUUUGUUUCCCGAUCAUCAGUGGGAUCCUAAAGUCAAGGCCACCACAGAGGCCAAGAGCUAGGACUGCAUUUCCUCUUGCUCUGAUAUUAUCUCCUACCCGCGAGCUAUCAGUCCAAAUUCAUGAAGAAGCAAAGAAAUUUGCAUACCAGACUGGUGUUAAGGCUUGUGUUGCAUAUGGUGGAGCACCAAUUCAUCAGCAGUUGAGAGAACUGGAAAGAGGUGUUGAUAUACUAGUGGCAACUCCUGGUCGUUUGAUGGAUCUGCUGGAGAGAGCUAGAGUAUCACUGCAAAUGGUGAAUUACUUGGCUCUUGAUGAAGCUGACCGGAUGCUCGAUAUGGGGUUUGAGCCACAGAUACGCAAGAUUGUUGAGCAGAUGGACAUGCCCCCUCGUGGUGUGAGACAGACCAUGCUGUUCAGUGCUACUUUUCCAAAGGAGAUACAACGCCUGGCAUCAGAUUUCCUUGCAGACUACAUCUUCCUUGCUGUUGGAAGAGUUGGCUCAAGUACUGAUUUGAUUGCACAAAGGGUAGAGUUUGUCCUUGAAGCGGAUAAAAGAAGUUACCUCAUGGACCUUAUUCAUGCGCAGAAGGCUAAUGAUGUUCCUGGAAAGAAUUCUCUUACUUUGGUCUUUGUGGAGACAAAGAGAGGUGCUGAUGCUCUGGAGAACUGGCUGUAUACAAAUGGGUUCCCUGCAACAAGUAUUCAUGGAGAUCGUACACAACAGGAAAGGGAGUAUGCGCUGAGAUCCUUCAAGAGUGGAGCAACUCCCAUCCUGGUUGCAACUGACGUUGCUGCUCGUGGGCUUGACAUACCAGAUGUCGCCCACGUCAUCAAUUUUGAUCUGCCAAAUGACAUAGAUGACUAUGUUCACCGCAUUGGGAGAACUGGUAGAGCUGGGAAGUCUGGUCUGGCAACUGCAUUUUUCAAUGAGGGCAACAUGUCACUGGCCAGGCCAUUGUGUGAACUGAUGCAGGAAGCCAAUCAGGAGGUUCCUCAGUGGCUGGAGCGCUAUUCUGCCCGUUCCUCGUUUGGAGGCGGCGGAGGAGGCAGAAACCGCAGGUCAGGAGGCGGCGGCGGUGCUCGAUUUGGUGGACGUGACUUCCGUCGCGACACGAGGGGCGGCGGCGGUGGAGGAGGUGGUGGCUAUGGCGGCGGUGGCGGUGGCGGUUACGGUGGUGGUGGAGGUUAUGGUGGAGGCGCUUCUAGCUCGUGGGACUGAUGGGUUCACCUGGUAAUGGUGAGAAUUGAAUGAAAGUGAUGGAUGGAUGGUAUUCUAUUGACUUAGCUGAAAACAGAUAUUGGGGUUUGUAGUCACCGUGGUGUGGGUAUGGUGCCCUUGCCCCCAUUUACCUUAUUUUGUGCCUGGUUGUUGUCACCGCACUUGUGUUUCCCCUGUACUGGUUAUUUUCUGACUGGCAUCAAAGUCCGGGUGGGCUAAUUUCCUGUU